CGCUUGUGUACCUCUUCGGCCUGAGAGGGUCGGGAUCUUCUUGUUUUUAGAUCUGUGCCGGAGCAGAGGCUGCGCACCUGGGCUGAACCUUCACAGCUCUCUAUACUUGUUCAGAAGCAGCAGAAAUGUACAUGUCUCAGGAAUCAGUGUCAUUUGAGGACGUGACUGUGGAAUUCACCCAGGAGGAGUGGCAACACCUGGGCCCUGCGCAGAGGACACUGUACAGAGAUGUGAUGCUGGAGAACUACAGCCACCUUGUUUCACUGGGGUAUUGCAUUACCAAACCCAAAGUGAUCUUCAAGUUGGAGCAAGGAGAAGAGCCAUGGUCCUUAGAGGAUGAAUUCCUUAGCCAGAAGUACCCAGGAUAUUAUAAAAUUGAUGACCACAUGAAAGAGAUCAAGGAAAAACAAGGGAAGCCUCUGUGGCAAGUAAUACUCAUCGAUGAUGAAAUAUUAAAUAAAGAAGGACAGAAAAUUUUAGAAAACACAUUUAAUCCAGGCAUAGCUCCAGAGUUUUCAGGACGAAUGCCCUAUAAAUGUGACUCAUGUAAAAUAAAUUUGCCAAUUGUUUCUGAAUUAAUUUUAUAUGAAGGAAACUAUUCAAGAAAGAAGGCUGAUUACUUAAAUGUGUAUGAAAGAUUGCAGCUUGUUAGUGACCGUGAGAAAACUCAUACUGGAGAUAAAUCUUACGAAUAUAAUAAAAAUGUGAAAACUCACAGUCAUAAGAAGGAUUGGUAUCAGAAAUUUCAAACGUGGAAGCAAUCUCUUGAAUGUAAUGAGUUUGGAAAAGUUUUACAUGAUAAGGUCUGUGUUACAGCUGGGAGUUUUCCAAUAGGAGCGAAUUCCUGUAAGGAUGAUGAAUUUAGGAAAAACUGUGAUAAAACCACUUUAGUUAACUACAUGAGAACCUACAUAAAGGAGAAAUACUCUGAUCUUAAUAAAUGUGAGAAAUCUUGUGACAAAAGUAUCACUGUGGAAUACAGUAAAGUUCAUGUGGCUAUGCCACACUAUGGAUGUAAUGAAAGUAGGAUUGAUUUCGAUAGGAUAUCACCCCUUACUCAAUCUCAGAGAAAUGUUACAGGACAGAGUGCUUUUGAAAGCAAUAAAUGUGGACAAAACUUUAGCCAGAGCUCAUCUCAUAUAAUACAUCAGAAAAAACAAACUGGAAAUAAACUGUAUGCAUAUAAUGGAUGUAUGGAUGCCUUCUACCAGAAAUUAGACUUUACAGUAUAUCAGAAAACUCACACAGAAGAGAAAUUCUACCAAUCUGGUGAAUAUGGGAAAUGCAGGAAAUCCUGUUAUCAGAAAGGAUACUUCAUUCAGCAUCAGAAAUCCCAUUCAGGGGAGACAUCUUACCAAUCUGAGGAAUAUGGGAAAUCCUUUUGCUCAAGUUCACACCCUAUUCAGCAUCCUGAAACUUAUGAGAGGUUCAAACUUUAUAAAUGUAGUGAAUAUGGGAAAACUUUCUGUCAGAAGUCUAACCUCGCUGAACAUAUAAGAAUUCACACAAAGGAGAAACCUUAUGAAAACAGUGGCUGUGGGCAGUCUUACAAAUCACUAAUAGGACACCAGAGAACAGACACAGAGAUGAAACUCCAUCAAGGCAGUAAAUAUAGGAAAACAUUGUCCAACAUGGCACAUCUCAAAGAACAUCAGAGAAUUCACAUGGAGGAGAGAGCCUGUGAAUGUACUGAAUGUGGAAAAUUUUUCUCCAAGACAUCACAUCUCAGAGCACAUCAGAGAAUUCACACAGGCGAAAAACCCUAUGAAUGUAUUAAAUGUGAGAAAACUUUCUCUCACAAGAUGCACCUCAGUGCACAUCAGAGAAUUCACACAGGGGAUAAACCCUAUGAAUGUAAUGAAUGUGGGAGAUCUUUUACCUAUAAUUCAGCCCUAAGAGCACAUCAGAGAAUCCACACGGGUGAGAAACCCUAUGAAUGUAGUGACUGCGAGAAAGCCUUUGCCCACAAUUCAGCCCUCAGAGCACAUCAGAGGAUUCACACAGGAGAGAAACCUUAUGAGUGUAGUGAAUGUGGAAGGUCUUUUGCCCAUGUUUCUGUUCUCAAAGCACAUCAAAGAAUUCAUACAGGGGAGAAGCCCUAUGAAUGUAGUGAAUGUGGGAGAUCUUUUACCUAUAAUUCAGCCCUGAGAGCACAUCAGAGAAUUCACACUGGUAAAAAACCUUAUGAAUGUAGUGACUGUGAGAAAACUUUUGCCCAUAAUUCAGCCCUCAGAGUACAUCAGAGAGUUCAUACAGGGGAGAAACCAUAUGAAUGUAAUGAAUGUGAGAAAACUUUUGCCCAUAAUUCAGCCCUCAGAGCACACCAGAAAAUUCACACAGGGGAGAAACACUAUGAAUGUAAUGAAUGUGGGAAAACUUUCUCCCAGAAGACUCACCUCAAUACACAUCAGAGAAUUCACACAGGGGAGAAACCUUAUGAAUGUAGUGAAUGUGGGAAAACUUUCUCCCAGAAGUCAUACCUCAGUGGACAUGAGAGAAUUCACACAGGGGAAAAACCCUAUGAAUGUAACAUAUGUGGAAAAACUUUUGUCUAUAAGGCAGCACUCAUAGUGCAUCAAAGAAUUCACACAGGGGAGAAACCUUUUGAAUGUAACGAAUGUGGAAAAACUUUCUCCCAGAGAACACACCUCUGUGCACAUCAGAGAAUUCAUACAGGGGAAAAACCCUAUGAAUGUAAUGAAUGUGGGAAAACUUUUGCCGAUAAUUCAGCCCUCAGAGCACAUCACAGAAUUCACACAGGUGAGAAACCCUAUGAAUGUAAUGAAUGUGGGAAAACUUUCUCCAAGACAUCACACCUUAGAGCACAUCUGAGAACUCGCACAGGGGAGAAACCCUAUGAAUGUAAUCAGUGUGGUAAAACUUUUUCUGAAAAGUCAUAUGUUAGUGCACAUCAGAGAGUUCACACAGGGGAGAAACCUUAUGAAUGUAAUAUAUGUGGGAAACUAUUUGCUCAUAAUUCAACACUCAGAGUACAUCUGAGAAUACAUACAGGUGUAAAAUCCUAUGAAUGUAAUGAAUGUGGUAAAACUUUCUCCCAGAAGUCACACCUUAGUGCACACCAGAGAAUUCACACUGGGGAGAAACCCUAUGAGUGUAAUGAAUGUGGGAAAGCUUUUGCGCAAAAUUCAACCCUCAGAGUACACCAGAGAAUUCACACAGGGGAGAAACCCUAUGAAUGUGAAGAAUGUGGGAAAACAUUUGUCCGUAAGGCAGCUCUUAGAAUACAUCACUCCAGAAUGCAUACCAGAGAGAAAACCCUAACCUGUAAUGAAUUUGGAAAGCCCUGAAGGAACUGAUACCUUAUUGUAUAAUACACAUGAAGAAACUUACAUCACAUAGACUGGCACAUUGUUUCUCUUAACCAUUUCCUUUUCCACUAGGUUGAUCGUUUGUCAAAAACUCCCACUCUUAUGUUUGUCCAGGUGGGGCUGACCAUAGAAUGUGAUGCUAAUGAUAUAUAUUAUUUUUAGUCCUGGCCCAUGUUA